UCUCUCCUGUUUUAUCAACACUAUUAACAAACUUUAUAUGAUUUAAUACAUAAUAUAUUUGGAUUAUAUAGAUAGAUGGACUGGUUUGCCAUUAGGAAUCUUGCCAUUAAAGCGGGAAAGUGGGUUUGAAGGGAGGAGAUGGAUUGAAUUGGUACGUUACGAGAUCAGAGGAGCGAUUGAAGGGAAAAAUGUGGAGGUCUGUGUUGGCUGUAGGGAGCAGUCUUUUGGUUUUGGGUGAGGAAGGGGAAAAGCCCUGCUCCAUCUCUGUCUACUGCAGUGAUUGGGAUGACCACCUCCAAAAGUUUCUUCCUCCACUGAAAUGGUCCAUUCCCCUUAAAGAUAACAUGCGAGUUGUAGCUGCUGAAAGUGUGGCCAAUUAUGCGAGUGGAGAGAUUGAGCCCUAUAUAGUGCUCAGCAGUUGUUCAGCUUUAGCCAUGGGUUUGCUCGAUAUCUCCAAAAAUAAAUUAACCAUUGUGGCGCAACUCACAUACCAUGAGGAGAAUUCUUCGGCAAAGCUAGAAUGUCUUCUUACUAAUGGGCCAACAACCAUAGCUUUGGUGUCUGGGAAGAUUCUUCUCAUGUACCAUCAUCAUGUUAGAGACUCCAAGCAUUUCCAUGAUGAAUACAAAGCUGUUGAACCUAUGUGGAUUGCAUAUAUUUUGAAUAUUGAUCAAAUAUGUGUGGAUGCUGAUAUACGAUUACUUUUUGCACAUGAUGGGAACUCUGCAUGUACUCCUGAAGUUGUUUUGGGAAUCUCUAAUGUUUCUAAGAGCCUUAUGUCUUGUCAACGGGCAAAUCAGAAUUUGAGAAGGUCAAAUGUUGAUUGGAAAUAUAUACGACUGGACCUCUACUCUUUAGGUUGUUACAUGUUGCAGUUGAACAUUGCAGAAAACUACUCAAAUUAUUCAGUGGAGCAACCUUGGAUGCAAAUGUAUAAGGAAACUGAUUCUUUGCUAUGCAAUGAGAUUUUUCCAGCUGAUCUGAAUCCAUUUGCAAUAUCAUGCAUUAAGUUGGUUCCUGUUGAUCCAUUAUCUUUAGUAGCCGAUUCAUCUGUAUUGGAGGGAACAAAGUCAGAGAGCUUCCCAGAUAUAAUAAUUGGCACUUAUGAUCACAAAGUCUUGAAAUGCAGACAUGGAAAGAUAAUUGCUAACGCUUACCUUAAUGAUGCUCCUGUCUCACUAAAUUUUGCUGUUGUUGCUGGAGGUCAAGGAGUUCUGCUUGCUACAAUUGCAAGUUCUGAGCAGAAUGUGAUUGCGUUGUGUUGUGAAACUCUUCAGCAAUUAGAAGUUUGGAGCAAUGUUGGAAAUGUAAUUACUGGGGAUUUCCGACUUGUCGGGCAUGAUCAAGUUCUUCUUUUGAAAAGUCCAGCACAUUGUAAACUGGGUAUAUUUCCCAUGGAGGAUCUUCUCUCAUCAAUUAUUAUUACAGACCUCAAAUGGUAUGGCUUUAGUGGGCUCAAUGACCUUCAACAGGAGCUGAAAUUUGCAGACAGUUUUGAGGCUACUGUCCAUAAAAGUCAACAUAUACAAACUGUUGCAAGAUUCCUUGAAACACGAAUUGAGGCUGAGAGAUCACAAGAAAAGCAGUUAAAAUUGCAGAUGGAGAAAAAGAAGCAUCUUUUGGAAUCAUCAUGUGAACUUAUGGAGGGACUUACUUCCAGGCAUAGCCUGGCAUUUGUUGAGCAAAACUCACUUUUAGAAAGUAAAAAUUCUAAGAGUAAGAUUAAGGGUGGUCAUUUACCCCUUGUGGAACUUGAGCAAGUAUACCAUGCAUUGCAAGGAAGAACAUGGUUUAUUGUCAUUGGCAUCUGGAGUAGAGUUCCAAGAGGGUUGAUUCUGGACAAGGCGACCCUCCUACUUGUAACAGUUAAGGGACAAAUUUCAGGUAGCACAUCAUCUAUAAGAAGAAUUAAUACUCAAGACAAGUUGUACAAAUUUGUAGUAGCAGUCCCCUUACAAAACUUCACAGCCUUUCCUUGCUUUCCAGUUGUUAAUAUCAUAUUUAAAGCUUGGCUUACUACUGAAGAGACAAUUUACAAUCAGGGGGCUAAGAGUGCUACUGCUGAACAUGAAUUAUUUAGCUCUAAUAACAAUGGUGGAACACAUAGGUGUCUUCAUACAGAAUGGCUUGGAAGAAUUUGCAUUGAAGAAAAUGAUCUAAUUCGACAGUUUGCACACCAAGGGCUCUCAUAUGUUAUACAUGGAGUUGGAGAGAGUCUAGUUUUUAUGUUCAGACCUAUACAAGAAAAUGAUCCUUCAACGCUUCCAAGUGAAAUUAAGUCAGUUCUGCAUAUGGAUUAUUCCAGGAAAGAAUACGGUAACUUACAGGCCACAGAAAAUAGGAUAUGUGUACUCGAGGCUCAAGAAGCUGUUCCUUUCAGAGAGGCUCAUAUCUACAUAUUUAAAGAUGUUGCAUUGGUGACUUUAUAUGCUGAGGACUCUGAGCUCCUAUCAUGCACGGCAGCACUGCUGAUCUCUAUUUUUCAACACCAAUAUGAUGUUUAUCAAUAUAGGCCUUGUGAAAGGAUUCUUGCAGCUAUAUUUGAUUUUAUUGGAGCAUUCUCCCAAGAACUAGGAGUGAAGAGUUCCACCCGGGAAGCAAAAAUUUGUGAGCUGCAACAGUGCCUAACUGUGGAAAAGUAUCAAGAGUUAGAGUUAAUGACAGAUGAAGCUUGUCUGCACUUACUUCCCAGAACUAGGUUUUGAAUUUAAUGAUCCUUUACUAUUUUUAUCUAUCAAAACAGGAGAAAAAAAGACAUGCAUUCUUUAUGCAUAAAAUGUUCUCCAAUAAUUAUGACAAUUAUAAGGUCAUCUUUCCUCUUUAUUCCUGUAUUCUGUAUCCUUGAGGCCAACAUUUCUUCAUAAUAGUGCUCAUGGGGGGUGGUAGAUUUAUACCACAUUUCCUUAUUGAAGUGCUCAUGGCUAUAUGAUCCUGAACCAUGUUUAGACAUGUUAUGCUAAGAACGGUUGCUUUUGUUGAAGAAAUUGAAAGUGAA